AUGUCUAUGAGCAACACAUCUACAACCAUGUUCCGCCGUGCUCUUCUCAGCAGCCGCCUGGCCGCUCCUGUUGAGUGCUCGGCCCGAACCAUCAGACCGGCAUUCGCAUCUUACAGACAGGUCUCCAGCUCCGCGAGACUCCCAACCCUCACAGCCUCAGAGACCCGUCGCCGACCAACAGUGCGACCAUUCCAGCAGCCCGCUACCCAGGGCGGCGUGAACGGCCUCUCGCCGACCAGCAAGCGCACCAUCUUCAUUCAGACUGAAAAUACCCCCAACCCCGACGCCCUCAAAUUCAUCCCUAACCACCGCGUUUUGCCCGAAGAAUUCCCCAGCACAUUCUUGGAAUAUCUCACUCCCCGCUCAACUCUCGCUCCCCCACACCCAUCUCCCCUCGCCGCCCGACUGCUCGAUGUGGAGGGUGUGACCUCUGUUUUCUACGGCGCCGACUUCAUCACCGUGACGAAAGGCAGCGAUGCGAACUGGGCUCACAUCAAGCCCGAGGUGUUCAGCAUCAUCACGCAGGCCGUGACAUCGGGCGAGACCAUCGUGACCAGCGUUGAAGGUGCCACCGACAUUGACCAGGAAAGUGGCGAGGACUCGCUCUCCUACAACGAGGAUGACGACGAGGUUGUCAGCAUGAUCAAGGAGCUCCUCGAGACGAGAAUCCGUCCCGCCAUCCAGGAGGACGGUGGUGAUAUCGAUCUCAAGGGAUUUGAGAAUGGUAUUGUUAUGCUGAAGUUGCGCGGUGCUUGCCGUACUUGCGAUUCCAGCACCGUUACCUUGAAGAACGGCAUUGAGUCUAUGCUGAUGCACUAUAUUGAGGAGGUCAAGGGUGUUGAGCAGGUGAUGGACGAAGAGGAGAUCAUCUCUAUGCAUGAAUUCUCCAAGUUUGAGGAGAAGCUGCGCCAGCAGAAGGGUGCUGCUGCCACUGCUAGUGCGCCGUUGGACAGUGCGCCAUAA